CCCGUUUUCCUUGCGCGACGCGACUCCGAAGACAGGACCUGCAGGUCGCGUGGUCCCCCAAGCUUUCGUCCUAUCCUAUAUCAUCAGAAUGCACCGCGCACUGUUCAUUGCAGAAGUUGCCCAGAACAUCGCGUGCCAUCGAUACAGGAAGAGGGACAUUGCCGCCUUUGCUCAAACGUGUCGUGCUCUGUCCGCGCCAGCUCUGGACGUGCUGUGGUCCGUGCUUGAUUCGAUCAUACCGCUACUGUGCGCUCUUCCUUCCGACCUCAUCUCUCGUCCAGAUUCCGCCUCCUCUACAAUUCGGUAUAGACUACUGAGGCCAAUCACUCCGGCUGAUUGGAGCAUCUUUCGAAAGUACGCUUCUCGCGUCCGCGAACUGAGGGCAAUAUCUCCGUUGAACCAAGAUCAAAGCCCAUUCAUUGAUAUCGAAAUUCUACGAGCCCUGUGUUGGUCACCUACCUUUGGGUUGCUUUUCCCCAAGCUCCGAGCCCUCGAAUGGUCUGGCGCUCAUUCAGAAACACUGCCUUUUCUCAGAACAUUGCUCGGACCAUCCAUCACAGAUCUUAUCUUGGAUUUGGAAACACCUGAUGCAAUCAUCUUUAACCUCGUCGCUAACCUGUCAACCAUGUGUCCCCACAUCAAAGUGUUUAUGUGGUCACGCUGCCCCGGCAAUGACUCUGAAGAGGAAGCAGCCAUUCUCUCUCAAGCCAUCACCUCCUGGAAGGAUCUGCAUGAGUUGGCUUGUCCGCUGGAUGGGCACGCCAUGAACCACCUCACGUCUAUCCCUACUCUCCACGCCCUACACAUUCAACUGGUUGGUAAAGCGUCAUAUCCUACUCUUGAAGAUCGUGCGUAUCCUGCUCUACGUACUCUUCAGAUCAUCGCCCCUCUCGAACAAUCCUCUCCCAACUCCGUUGAAUCAUUCAUGCGCGCCAGUUUCUUUAAGCUACGCCUUGAUUCUUUUCUCGGCCAUACACAUUACCCUAAGCAACAGACUCUUGGGGACCUCUGCAUGCUACUACCAGACUGCAUCGAUACAUCGACGUUAAAGGACGUCAAUAUAGUAGAAUGCCGCUGGACGCGCAGUCUCGCACUGCAAUCGAGCGCCCUCGGACCUUUGUUGCAGUUCCAUAAACUCACAGUCGUCAAUAUCGAUACUCCGCGAGAAAUUGACUUGGACGAUGCCGCUCUGCUGGAUAUGGCCCACGCAUGGCCUACAUUGACUUCUCUAAAAAUCAAUCCGGUGUUCGGGUGGAGGCUGCGCUCACGCGUGUCACUACAUGGCUUGUGUGCAGUGAUCCGGCAGCUCCCCGGACUCAGUACACUCAGCAUCGCGAUUGACGCUGAUGGUGCCGCUCUCGACGCAAUCGACGAGGAGUACGGCCAAUUCCUGGUCACACGACCGUUUGCGCUCGAUCUGUUGGACUCGAGGGUGGGUGUCAAUUACGCAGAGGUGGCCGCGUUCUUCUCCGCUUUAUUUCCUGGGAUGGCCAAGGACAGCGAUAUUCUCUACUGGCGGUUCCCUGGUUUAACACUGCCCGUAGAGAUGGCGAAUGAUUCUCGCGUUCACCGCGAGAGAUGGGCGAUUGUUGUGUCGACAGUGUUGGCGAUGAACCGAAUUAGAAGGAUCGAGCAAGGUCGUCGACUCACUGCGGUAAUAUCACCUCCGUAAAUUCCCGAUGUUAGUCAUUGGUUCAUAGUACCCCUACUUUAUUACAGUAAUACUUUUGACUCAGAUAUAAGGCAUAGUUCGGUAGUUGCAAAAUAUGAUACGCCGUUUCUC